CCAGUUUGUACAUUUCAAACGCCAUGACCGCCAUAGCCACUGCUGCGGUUCUGUCUCGGCCAAUCUUUCCAUGUAGAUCAUCCAAGUUCAGUACUAAAAAGGGCAUUAAAGGUGGAUUUAGGGUGUUUGCAGUGUUUGGGGAGGAAGGUGGGUUGGUGGAUAAGAAAACCUCGUGGAGUGCAAUCUUUGAUGUGGAGGACCCAAGAUCUAAAGUCCCACAGUGUAAAGGGAAGUUCUUGGAUGUAAAUCAGGCCUUGGAAGUGGCUAGAUAUGAUAUUCAGUACUGUGACUGGCGUGCGCGGCAAGAUUUACUUGCAAUCAUGCUACUUCAUGAAAAGGUUGUGGAAGUUUUGAAUCCUCUGGCUCGUGAGUACAAGUCUGUUGGGACCAUGAAAAAGGAACUUGCUGAGUUGCAAGAAGAACUAGCUCAAGCACAUAGACAGGUUCAUAUAUCUGAAGCAAGGGUUGGCACAGCAUUAGAUAAACUAGCUUACAUGGAGACACUGGUUAAUGAUAGGCUGUUGGAAGACAGAAGCACAGCAGAAUCCGACUCAGCAUCCCCUUCCUCCACUAAUUCCACUCAGUCAUUGGAUGCUGUGAAGAGAAAGUUGCCUCGCAAAAGCUUGAAUGUAUCAGGUCCAGUUCAACCUUACCAUCCUCGUUUAAAGAACUUCUGGUACCCUAUUGCCUUCUCUGCCGAUCUGAAGGAUGAUAUGAUGAUUCCAAUUGAUUGCUUUGAGGAACCUUGGGUUAUUUUCCGAGGAAAAGAUGGGAAACCUGGAUGUGUCCAGAACACUUGUGCACAUAGAGCAUGUCCUCUUCAUCUUGGUUCAGUAAAUGAGGGUCGAAUCCAAUGUCCCUACCAUGGUUGGGAAUACUCAACUGAUGGAAAAUGUGAAAAGAUGCCAUCUACACGAUUACUUAAUGUGAAAAUAAGGUCUUUGCCAUGUUUUGAGCAAGAAGGCAUGAUCUGGAUAUGGCCUGGUGAUGACCCUCCAACAGCCACACUUCCUUCUUUAAAGCCCCCUACAGGAUUUGAAAUCCACGCUGAGAUUGUGAUGGAACUUCCGGUAGAACAUGGGUUGCUCUUGGAUAACCUUCUGGAUCUGGCACAUGCCCCUUUUACUCACACUUCCACCUUUGCCAAGGGAUGGAGUGUUCCCAGUCUGGUGAAAUUUUUGACACCUGCAUCUGGCCUCCAAGGAUACUGGGACCCAUAUCCAAUUGAUAUGGAAUUUCGACCACCUUGUAUGGUGUUAUCAACCAUUGGGAUAUCAAAGCCUGGAAAACUGGAGGGACAAAAUACCAAGCAAUGUACAACACACCUUCACCAGCUUCAUGUGUGCUUACCUUCAUCAAGACAAAAAACAAGACUAUUGUACAGGAUGUCACUAGAUUUUGCUCCAAUACUAAAGCACAUCCCUUUCGUGCAGUAUUUAUGGAGGCAUUUUGCAGAACAGGUCUUGAAUGAGGAUCUGCGACUUGUAGUUGGCCAGCAGGAGCGGAUGAUUAAUGGAGCAAAUGUCUGGAAUUGGCCAGUAGCUUAUGAUAAACUGGGAGUGAGGUACAGAUUAUGGAGAGAUGCGUUGGAACGGGGAGUGAAGCAGUUACCCUUCAGCAACUCAAUGUAAAUUUUAACCUGAAGGCUAAAGCAUCGGAUUUAGCAUGCCUAAUGGCUUCUUUAGAACCAGUUCUACCCCCUCAGGUGAAAUCAGACAUCGUCUACACGGCAAAGACACUUAUACAAUUGGAUUUGUCACUUGGGAUGAUCCGGCAAAAAACUGUAUAUGAGGUAGAGGGAUUUGGUUCCUGCAUGCAAGCAAGCCCUUGUAAAAUUAGAGAAAACUGUACACUAUUUUUAUAUUUUUGGUGUACAGUUAGGAGCCCUCAUUUUUUUUCAUCUUCUUCCAUAUUCCAGCCCAAUGUAGUGAUCAAUGAUGUUUUGCAGCAUCAAACAUUGAACUUUUGAUCUCCUGUGCCAGGAUUGAUCUAUUGUAUGAUAGCAUCACCAAUAUCCAAUUUAAGUUCCCAAGAUUUGUAAUUACAUUCUUGAACUACAUCCCAGAGUCAGCUCCAUGAUUAAAAAGGGUUAGUCUUU